AUGCAACAGGCUCAACCACCGCUAGCAAAAGCGCAAUCGCCAUUACCACCACAACCUUCAACAAUUCCCCAGUUCGUAGUGCUCCACGACAAACUACAACAAUCCUGGAAACAUCCGUUUGUGCACUAUGUCUUUGAAGACGAGCCGUUCCCUCCGCACAUCGUGCCCAAGGACCACUGUAUAAUAGUGGAGUUUGCGCAAGACGGCGAGACGGUGAAACAAGUGCAUUCGCAAAGUCAUAAUUUUCAAGUGACAAACUAUAAAAUUAGUUCGACGCCUACUUUUGGGAGUGGAAAAGAGUCUGGGGGUGGAGGGGCUCCUGCCGCGAGUUUAAUGUUGACUAUUGAGGGAAUGUCGGCUGGGAAACCGCCAGAUACACUAGCAUUAUCACCCAAUCCAUUCUCAUACCGUGAAGAAAUGGAUCAAACUUCGACAAAUAUGUUUGGUUUAGACGAAUUAUUAUCUGAUUUCAAAAGAAGGAACGAACUGUUACGUCAAAUACUUGGUUCCACGUAG